CAACAUUUGGUUCUAUGCGUUUAUUUUCCCAUUAUAAUAUUAAACUUUGGUCACAAAAACAACAACUUCUUAUGGCAAGAAUAACACAGAAACUCAGCGGAGAUCUACAAAGAGAGGUAUAAAGCCUAUCGUGCAAGACGAGAUACCAGACGAUAUCCAUUAUUGCUGGAGUCAACAUCAAGGUUUAACAACAAAAUACGGAAGUUACGGACAGUUUUUCUGAGACUAUGGCUCAUCAAUUGACACCAGGGAACUCACUUGCAGCUCUCUAUGCUAAAUAUGCCACGGAAACGAAUCGGUAUCAGCCGUACGGAGGGGCAGCUAGCAUGUACUACCCACACGCUGAUUACAGUCGAGCGUACGCGCUUUCGAUGCUCGCUGACUUCGAAAGACGUGAACAGCCGCAAAAACCACCAUAUUCAUACAUCGCUCUGAUAGCAAUGGCGAUCAAGAACUCACCCGAAAGAAAACUGACUCUAAACGGGAUCUACCAAUUCAUAAUGGAGCGUUUCCCGUAUUACCAUGACAACAAGCAGGGAUGGCAGAACUCUAUUCGUCACAAUCUGAGCCUUAAUGAUUGCUUCAUGAAAGUCGCCAGAGAAAAAGGGAAGCCUGGAAAAGGGAACUACUGGACCCUUGAUCCAAAUUGUGACGAAAUGUUUGAUAACGGAAAUUACCGAAGGAGAAAGAGGCGACAGAAGAUGCAGGUGAUGAAAACAUCGCAAGAUUCGAACGCUAUGCAAAAAGGCGGCUUUGAAAAAUGCACGCCACAUGAUGAGGAAUACCCCGAUGACGUAAGUGGAAUUUCUGAUGACAUAGGCGACAGCGAAAGUGAUACAGAUGCUACACAAAAUGAUACAGACAAUAUUAGUCAAACGAGUGAUAUUCGAAUGAAAGCUGAACCGAUUAAUAUUACUAAAGCUGGAAAGAACAUUGUCGUGUCCGAAAGUUGCGUCGAACAAAGGGUAAAAACGCCUCAUUUAACAAUAUCCACGCCUUCGACUGCACCGUCAAUAUUACCUUCAGCAUCUUCUACAACUACUUCCAUGCCAACCCCCGAAGUGAGCCCUUCACCGCCAAAACGUAAAUUAUUCACUAUUGACAGCUUGAUCGGAAACGUCAAGAACUCAAGCGAACAAACGUCAUCAGACUCUGCCAAAUCACCAAGUGUUUAUGAUAAAAUCCCAAGCCCUCCGCCCAAAGUGAUAGACUUAAGUAAAAGAGGUAUCUCUCAACCGUACCCAUACGGGGGAUAUCCUAUGUAUGCGUAUCCAACUCCAAAUGGGGUGUUUGCAGGGUCGGUAUCUGCAAUACGCUCCGGCGUUCCGCAUGCAAAUAGUCACUACUUAGAAGCGAUGGGACUUUCACACCUCGGAAUUUCGCCACUCGCAUCUCUGGCUGCGGUUCAAGGACCUUAUGCUCCAGCGGCUAGCAUGCGUAGUUUAGCUGCUGCGGUUGAACUCUAUCAUAAUAGCAAGAAUUGAUCUGACGACAUUAUGUGUUUGACUUUCAUAGACUUGAAUGAAUUAGAGUCUUCUACCCAUACUGGUAUCAUGGCAUGCUUUUAAAGAUGAACGAGUGUGUGCUUUUUUAGAAUUUCUAUACACUUUAAUUAGAUUUUAAAACUGGUUAAUUUAUUUUUGCUGAUUCAACUCUUCUUAGUCCUACAUACAAGUCUGGAAGAGAGGUAAAAUCUUAGCUUAUUUACAAUGAUGCAGUUCAUUUACAAGCUCGACAAAAUGUUCAAUGAUGUAUUCUAGCUUGUAUACAGGACUAUUUUUGCUGAAUUAAGAGUUUUGAAAUAUCCCAUCCGUGACAUAUUAUAUAGACAUUUAUCACUCUGCAACUGUUUAUUGAAUUACCACCAAGUGUUAACAUUUUAUCUAUCUUGUGAAUAAAUAUUUAUAAAUAUUACGGCUAUGUUUAUUUUGUGUAUGCUAAAAUUCCUAAUAUCGCCAGCAUUGAAAUAACAUGAUAUGAUCAUCAUUCUGAACAGAUUAACCUCUAGUAUUCUAGAGCAUUUUUCAUUUUUGAUGGCAUUUGCCAUUUUCACUAUAUUUAUAUAACAUAUGUGAAAUGUACUUUUGUAGAAAUUAGUGAAUAGACACAUUUUACACAUUAUAAAACAUCAUUUGAUUUUGUAAGUUUUAGCGAAACCGCCCGCAACAACUUUUUACGUCGCUCUUUGGAUUCAAGAGGUUAAUCGCGAUCAAGAAUGUUUUU